UGGGCAGCGCGGGUUCUGAUUGGAAGCAAAGACCACGAGCUCCGUGUGAUGUUGUAUUACUGCACGAGCUCUGCUGUGGCAGUGCGUGGUUAUUACUGCAAGACGAUGGAAACUAUUUGAAGACGAAUUACGAAUAGAAAGCUAUGCAAUACUGACGGUGGGAUUCUCUAUAUUUAAUAUAAUAGAUAAUAUAGUAAUUUAUCAACCUCUGCUUAUAUCUUCUUCCUUUGUUUUCAUACUGUAAAGAUUAAAGUACAUGCGUGCGUUAUUCAAUUUCCAAGUUUAGGCUACUGUGCAACUGUUAUGGCUACAUUCUGCCAAACGUUAAUGUUACAUAGUGUCAAGGAGCCGUUGUUCAAGUGAAACAUUAUUCUGUGAAGUAAUGGGUUCUAAAUUGACCAGGCAGAGUAGUCUGGACCAAAUAGAAACCACAUUUUCCAAGAGGAGACGCCAGCGGCAUGACAGCUCCAGAGAAACCGAGAGGAGUGGAGGCAAUGGUGGCGGAGAGUUCUUGUUUACAUCCCUGAUGCUAAAGUCCGACAAGCUUCCAGGGAUGCUGCGAAAAACCAACCACAGCCCCUACGUGAGACGGGUGGCGUGGAUCCGGGAAAUACAGAAGCUUAUCCGAGAAGAGAAACAAGAACAAGCAGUCGAAGUGCUCAAAUUGCUAAGAAAGGACUUGGGACUCCAGGGAACAUCCCUUAAUGAUAUCCUCUAUAAGAACGCAGCCUUUCUCAACCUGGUGGAUCCGAUCUCCCAUGAGCUCCUGCUCAGCCUGGCCAAAGACAUGCAGUGCCCAAAGAGGGAGAAGGACACCCUGAAGUCGUCCGACAAGAUCUGCAGACAGCUGAUAUUCCAUCUGACCCCUCACUCCAAGUGGAUGAGACAGAGCGUGCCCAGGAGGAAGUCGCAGGCCUGUCUUAAAACCACACUGAAGAGGAAACUGACCAACGAUGUGGUCAACCUGUCUGGCAUCCCUCUGUCUGGCCGAGACGUCCACCGGGUGGCCUACUACCUCCGAAGUAAUGGCGACUCUGUGUCGGCCGUGGACCUCAGCUUCACCGAGCUGCAGGACGAGAGCCUGUGCCUGCUGCUACCCCACCUGGGCUCCAUGCCCAAACUCACCACCCUGGCCAUAAACGGCAACCGUCUGACGGUGGGCGUGCUGAAGGACCUGACGGAGAUGGUGAAGAACCCCCUGCAGUUCCCCAGCUUGGCCUGGGUGGACCUGGGCAACAACGUGGACAUCUUCACCGUGCCACAGCCUCUCCUAGUGGCCCUGCGCAGACGCUUUGGCCUCCGGAGCAGCCUGCCCACAAUCUAUGAGUACAGUGAGGUGCAGGCCUAUAGUAGUUAUACCCUGGAGACCUCUAUUGAAGAACCCAGCCUGUAUGAAGAGGAGGAGGGGGGAAAGAGGGAGGAGGAGGAGGGGGAAGAGGAUGAGGAUAAGCUGGAGCUGGAGGCGUGGGGUGUUGGGGAGAAGCUUGGGGGGAAGGUUGUAUCCACGAAUGUGGCUCUGCACUACUGUGAGAGGUGAAUGGUCAGAGCCAGCAUUGUGUAUUGACAAAUCUUUGUACCCUACUGUACCCUCACCUUGCCCUGAGUCCUGCCUCCCGUGUCAGCAUGCGUCAUCAUGACAGGAGAAGCUUGGGGUCACCAAUUUCAUAAAACACCCACUAGGAGAAAACACUGUGUUGUGUUGUCCCUUUGUAUGUUCCGAUUGCAGAGAGCUAAAGACAGUUUCAGGAAAAUGUACAGUUCUUUUGUUGGUACAGACGUUGGUAUCCUAGGCACUGCAGUGACGUUGUUACUGAGUCGUCCUCCGAAUGUCAUUAUUUAUGAGCAAAGGAAUCUUCAACAACAGGAACAAGACAGAUUAGAUUUCACCUGACUGUUUUGGCUUUCUAAUGUCAAGUACUUUUUUUCUAAUGUUUUGAGGUACUUUCAUGUAGCACAUGCAGACUGGAUCACACAGUGGGAGGGUUUGUUUGCAUAAAUAUGCUGCUGUGUUUUAUUGCACAACACACAACAUUGACUAAACGCUGAUUUCAGAACAGAUGGUUUUAAUUCACCAGAAUCCCAUUCAUCAAAGAAGAGUUUUUAUUUUCCAAGUAGAGCAGCCCCGAUGAGGCUGUGAACCUCUGAGUGAGCCUCAGCUGGCGAGUUCUGGGUCGGGCUGCCCUGGGCUGGGAGCUGGGGAGAUGACACCCAGUCUGUCUGGGAGGGUUUGGGCAGCUGAUGAACUGAUUGCCUCCUCUGUCAGGUCAUGUUAGAGGUGACCAGAGACAGAUGCUGAGGAGAUUCACCAUUUUUCUCAUUGCAAAACGGAAUGAUCUCUCGAGGGCAUCUUCCACCUUUGGUUAUAUGGAAGAUUAUAUUUGUGAAUCGUACCAUAAAUAAAUUAAAUGUGCCCUACUUGUUCAAAUGAAAGGCAAAAAUAUUGAGAUGAUGAAUGAAUUCGUUUUUUCUUUCCUCUGUACUGCUGUUUGCACACUUAAAUGGACUGAAUUGUGAAUGAGGAUCAGAAGAAGCACGUUACAGGUGUCCAUCACCUGUUUUCUUUAGAUGUUCUGUUCUGUGUUUAUUUUGAGCAUUAUUUUGUAUAUAUUUUUUUAACUGACAUGACUGUUUACUGCAGCUCAACAAUAGUCUGCAGAGAUAAAGUUUUAAAUAAAUUAUUUAUAGUGUGUGUGUACUUGUUUGUGCACUCGUGUGGUUGUCUAUGUGUGUCUGUGUGCACAUUUGUGUGGGUGUGGAUGUAUGUGUUUGUGAGUGCUCUGGACAUACCUGGUGUCCUCUAGAAACUGUUGUUUACUCAUUCGCACUUUACAUACAAGUACAAGUCAAUGCCUGUUUAGACUGGCUCUAUCCAGUCACAACUCUCUAAAUGAAUGUCCUCUAGAAUGGGUUGAUCUUCAUCCAAACCGCUGUAGUCACUAUGGCUUCCAACAUACUGCAUUUGUCUCUGCUUCCCACCUCAGUCUACUCUACAGUAACAAAUUAUAGAAUACAUGUUAUGACUCUUCUUGCUUACUGUAACAAAAUAAAUACAUGUCACAAUUCCA